AUGGUGGGACAACAGCACUGUGGAAGUGUGUCGGAUCAAAUUUUGGGACUUGAUAAAGAGACCUGGAUUGGCACUGCGGUUGCAAGCCUUCCCUGUGGACGCCGUCCUUGUCCCUUGAAGCUUAACGAAGAGUGGGAGCUGUUGGUGCGGCAGAGAGCUGAGCGCAUGUUAGGGGUUGAUUGCCUACGAUUCCACCAUUGCCUCGCUCGCUGCACAGAAAUUCAUUGUUGUCAUUGCGGCGAGAAACAUAUUUUUGUUAUUGGGGCGAGAAGUAUUGUUGUUAUUUCGGGGAGAAUUGGCACUGAAGCAGCUGGAACGAUGAUGUCAGUGAGGGCAGUCGCGCAUCGGUGCGCGAGGGCGCGGAGUGGCGCCCAGGCGGUGCAGCGGUGCGCGGGAGUGGUUUGGACGAGUGAGGGCCAUGACGAUGUGCGGAGGUUUGGAAUGCAGGCAGCAGGAGUGGCGAAGGGGAACUCGUCUGGAUUGGAUCGGAGGACAUGGAGCGAGGAGGAUGCGAGAGGAAGGAGCUGGAAUGCGAGGUGGAUUGGUGCGGGUUCUUUCUCGCUCUCGUUCGCGACGUCGACGAUUGGUGUGGCGUAUGGGAAGGAGCGUGUUGCUGAUCGGUUUGCGCCGAAGGACGUUGUGUUGUAUCAGUACGAGACGUGUCCGUUUUGUAAUAAAGUGAAAGCUUUUCUUGAUUAUCAUGAUAUAGCUUACAGAGUAGUUGAAGUGAAUCCUAUGGGCAAGAAAGAGAUAAAGUGGUCUGAUUACCAGAAGGUGCCUAUUUUGGUCGUGGAUGGUGAAGCACUCAAAGAUUCUACAGCAAUUAUUACAGAGCUUACCCGAAGAAUAGAGGGAGGAAAUGCAAAUGCCCCUGCACUGAAGCCUGAAUCCGAUGAAGAAGAGAGAUGGCGCAGAUGGGUGGAUGAGCAUCUUGUACACCUUUUAUCACCCAACAUCUAUCGCACACCAAGGGAGUCUUUGCAAGCUCUUGAUUAUCUGACAACUAGUGGUAACUUUAGCAUGAUGGAAAGGGCUACUGGGAAGUAUUUCGGAGCUGCUGCCAUGUAUAUCAUCGGUAAGCGCUUAAAGAAGCGACAUAAUAUUGUUGAUGAGCGUAUUUCUCUCUAUGAUGCUGUUGAGGAGUGGGUGAAGGCUUUGGACGGUCGACAAUUUAUGGGGGGCUCCAAGCCAAAUCUAGCCGAUCUUGCAGUAUUCGGGGUGUUGAGGCCCAUCAAGUCUCUCGAUACUGGAAGAGAUAUGCUAGCUUCCACUAAAAUUCAAGAAUGGUACUCACGUAUGGAGGAUACCGUUGGUGCAACUGCUAGAUUACAAGAAGAGUCUCUCAUGGGGAGCAUUGACAAUUCUGUGAAGGUGUAAAAUAUCUUCCCCGAAACUUUGUCAUAAUGGCAUGGAUUUAGUUUGCACUGGACUAAACCAAAAUUGCUAUUUCAUUUUCUGGAUUCAUUUAAAUUUCUCCUCCGUUCGUUCAUUAUUAGACUUUCAUGAGUCCAACCCCAGUUAUGGGGAAGCCAGAUUGCUCAAAAUCACUUUACAAAUUUUCAAAUGAAAAGCUAACUUGAGCCAUUCGUUUCAAGAU